AUGCAAACUAAUAUUUCGCACUUAAAACAAAUUGAAUCUUGUCACAUACUUCGAAUUUUUGGUUAUUAUUUUAUUCUUCUUUGGAUAAUUGGUACAGUUUUAAAUGGUACAUUACUUUAUACAUUAAUACGAAAUAGCAAAUUACGUCAACUAUCCACAAAUAUACUUAUUGGUGGUUUAUUAUUGAGUGAUUUUAUUGGAGCAUGUUUUGAAAUACCAUUUCCAGCUUUAUCACUUAUUCAUUGCAGAUGGAUUUUUACAUAUACUGGCUGUGUAUUUGAAGCUAUUAUUAGUUAUUUUGUGGGCUGCUCAAAUAUGUACAUUCUUUGUUUAAUUUCAAUUGAUAGAUACAGUAUCAUGACUAGACCUUUUCAACCACCAAGUAACAUAAUUCAACGAACUUACAUAUCCAUUGGAUGUAUUUAUAUAUUAUCUCUAUUUUGGACAAUAAUGCCAUUAUUAGGAUGGUCUUCAUAUGAUUAUGAGGGUUUAGGACUUUCAUGUAGUAUCCAAUGGACAGAAAGAUCAUUAAAUGUAAUCAGUUAUAAUAUAACUGUUCUUAUUUUUAUUUAUUUUAUACCGGUUAUGAUAAUAUUGAUAACAAAUAUUCGUAAUCAUCGACGCUCUUUUACACUCAAAGUUAAUCAAUCGUUUGUUCAACGUCGACUGCUCAUCGAACGUCGUGUUCUACAUACAAUCAGUUUGGUCAUCGGAUUUCUCAUUGCUUGGACACCAUAUGCAAUACUUGUUCUUAUACGAGCGUUUUUUGAUGCAAAUCAUAUUCCACGCAUCAUGGAUACAAUACCGGCUUUAUUUGCUAAAACAAGUUUCAUAUGGAAUCCAUUGAUAUUUAUAGUACGUAAUGGAAAUUUUCGUCAUUAUAUACCAUUCAUUCUCAAUAAACAUCGUUCAAAAUCAAGUAAAUGA